AGAAACCUUAAAUCCUUCAAAAACAUACCAGCAAACCCGUCUGACUUAUUAUUUUGAUGAGGGGCUAACUCAGUGAACUUCCAGAGCCGCCCUCAUUUUCGAAUCAAAAUUGAUAGCUGCAUUUGGUAAUAAUUGAUUACAAAACUGCUACCAAAUUAAUAGGUAAGGGGCAUACCCUUUUCUCUGCGGUAAAUAAGUGAAACGUCUGACUCCCGGAUGGUCAGCUUAGCUUGCAGAUGACGUCUGAUUAAGGAAAAGCUCUCAAUAACAAUCAUAGCAAAGCCUUGAGAGUUUUUGUUUCCUACGAUCCGUAAAGAAAACACACCGGCACGAUUCCGUACGUGAUUGAAGGCUGACUUGAUUACAAUACAGUUAAGAGUCACAGUGAUAACACGGCGUCGAAACGCUAACUGGAUUUCAAGGGACAGAGAUUCUAACCGAGAUAAAGUGUUGAUUCUGCAACUGAGACAGGGCUGAUCUUCAGUGUCAAAGAAUGAUUUCAGCUGUUGCAGAUUCGUGUUCUGUACGUUUGGACAAAGUGAAUGGAAAAGUUUACAAAUUUCAUGCUUUAGUUUUCAGCCAAGAUGCUCAAGGUAAUAACAAAGAGGCGUACCUCGACAAGAAAAAGGAAACUCCCACCGGACUAGUUACGGGGAGUAUACUGUCUCAGCAACCAAAGACAGAAUGGAAAUGUGCAUACAAUGAUCUUUUAAGCGGAAGAAAAGAUGUCCAGAGACAAAACGAUGAUCCUUUGUCUGGUCCAAUCAGGAAAAAAUCCAAGCCGUCCGAAGACUCGACAGAUGAACCUGAAGCAAAGACGGAGAGACAAAGAGUGCGUUUUAAAGGAGUUGAUGAUUCUGAAAUGGCGACUCCAACAUGUCCAACCUGUAAACAAAUCAUCGUUAAGCAAACAGAAGAAUACGACGCCCUUAUGGAAAAAUCGAAAGAAGAACUUGUAACCAUGGUGAUGAAUCUCAGCUUAAAUCUACAAAAUAGAAGACGAAAACUUGGAUACUGUCCAUCUGACAAAGACAUCGCUCAACUCAGAAAGCAGUUGAACAUCAACAAAACAGAACAAACAGCCUCUAAAACAAGGCCAACAAGAACGAGACGCCGGCUUUCGUCAAGGAAGAGGUUAACAUCAGUAUGAACAAAAAUGCUGCUGGGAACGAGGAAAUAAAGGACAAGAAAAGAAAAGACCAUGAAAACCGGAGAAAUUGAAAAUAUGACGAGACUGGAAGGUGGAUAUGUUGGGGUUAAAACCACCUUUCUGCUGGAAAGGACAUUUAUGGAACAACUUUCAAUAUAUUUAAUUGGGAUUUUUUUUUAAGUAGAAAGAUUUCGUCUAUAGUUGCCAAUCACUAUACACCAGUUUGGUGUUAGGUGGGGAGAGAGGGGCUAGCAUUGCAAUGGUACCAUGCAUGUAGAGGAAGACUCCUUGCGUGGAUGAGAGCCUCAAAGAGCGAGGAGAAAAGGAACUAUACUUUGUCAACAUCUUGGGCAUAUGCCGUGUGUGUACGCUAGCAUGACAAAGGUACCGCAAUUCCAAUUUUCCGAUAGCAACUGGUGAAAAAAAUGGGAGAGCCAAUCAGAAAUCGAAGCUCUACCCGCCAAUCGGCAAAAAGCAAGGUAGAUAAUUUUUCGAGAUGAACGAGGCAUGACUUUACCUUGGAUACGUUUAAAUUAAGAAAUAAUCGUAUUAUCAUUCCUAUUUAUUGCACGAGUGCUUUCAACUUGUAAAACGUUUUGCGCACGAAAAGUCACCAAUGACUCAAAAUAAAUUAUACUGGUUUUCCUGGCUACAAAUCGUUCAUAGAGAGCCUGACACAACUUUUUAAAAAACAUUGAAGGAAACAAGAUUUACUGUAUUAGGAUAGCCUAUCAAUGUCAUGAACCAACGGAGAUAAAAAUAGAAAAUAGAAUAUAAAUUACACUCCGUCUGAUCAGUGUAUAUUGUGUAAAAAAUCACUUUAAACCAUUAGCCUGGUUCGUCAGCAGCCAAGCCGCGAAAGGCUUGGGACGGAGUAGAGAAUUUUCUCCAUUCCAGGCUACCCUGCACGUUUUCGCGCCUCUAUCGCGUUUACUUUAUCGAGCGCCUAAACAGGCCAUUACCCCCGAACGGUAGUUUUUUUUCUUUAACCACUUCUUGAAACCAAAUAAAUGCAACGACAUACUA